UGAGGUAAAUCAAACUGAUCAAUGCCUUUCCGUCCCGUGAUUCCAGAUAGGCUGAAAAAAGCUCCCCGCUGGUCAAUCAUUAACCUCGGCUUCAUUAAAACAAUGCGCCAUCUCUCAUGCUUAAACACUAGGAUACUACGAGGAAACUGGAGAUCAUGUAACAGGCUUAAGAGACCGCAGAAAAUCAUGGGUGGACAGACAGUCUGGAUGACUCUGAGCUUCAAGCUUCUGCUCUACUACUGUAUGAUAUCUUUGUUAAUGCCAGCCAUCUUCAUACUGGCUACACGUGCCCAGGUCGACAAGUUCAGAAAGUUUAAUGAGAGUACACAAACCAAAUCUUCACAGGAACUCUUUGAGGAAGCAUUUGAAGAGCAGGGCUACUACUUGCAACGUCUGUUCCUUCAGUAUGGAGACAAUGGGACUUUGACAUAUGAGGGUCUACAGAAGCUGCUUGGUAGUUUGGGUUUGGGAGAAGUCAGUGUCCUGGAGAUUCGACAUGGUGAAGCAAAACAUCCUUCUCAAUCGAUAUCCCAUUCCCACUCACAUGAAGACCAUCACCCUUCUCAAGGGACUACAAACUCACCUCCACUCAGAGAAAGUCUGGAUGCUAAAUCAGCGCUCAGUGGCUCUCCGGCAGAAUUGGGUCGCUCAGACUAUUUUCUACACCCCGCUCUAAGAAACAAACAGGAGGAAAGUGUGUCACUGCUAUCUGACCAUCCGACAGAGAAACACCUUCAUGGCAAUUGUCUGAAUGUGACCCAGCUCCUCUGGAACUUCGGGCUUGGCCAGGCGUCCCACAUCACUCCUGCCCACUUCACCUUCCUGUGCCCUGCCCUCCUGUACCAGAUCGAGAGCGGAGUGUGUCUGCGGCACACAGAAGAUCAUUCACAGGCCAGCAAAACCAGCGAGGGCUUCCUCAUAGCUCUAGGAUGGGCAUCAUUGGCGCUCCUGGUCAUCAGCCUGCCCUCUCUGGUUGCUCUGGGAAUGGCACCGCUGCUUCAGCCUUCUGUACUUCAAGUGUUUCUCUGCCCGAUGGCUGGCAUGGCGGUGGGCACGCUCUGUGGAGAUGCCCUUCUGCACCUCAUGCCUCAUGCCAUCUUCAGUCAACACACUGAUCACCAGAAUGCUGUUUUCAAAGGUCUCAGUGUUCUGGGAGGACUUUACCUUCUCUUCAUCUUUGAGAGUCUUCUGGGACUUAAGCAGCAUUUCAAGAAUUUAAAGAGAAGAAAGCAUGACGCAGAGUGUGGAAGAGAGCUUGACGCACUACAGGGAACCUCAUCAGCCAAUCAGAAUGAGAGUUCAGGGCACGGUCAUUCCCAUGGACAGGCUGAACCAGGGCAAACUGGUAUCAGAAGCAUGGCAUGGAUGGUGGUGAUGGGUGAUGGCAUACAUAACCUGACAGAUGGACUUGCCAUUGGUGUCGCGUUUUCCCAGAGUUUGACUGGCGGCUUCAGCACCGCGAUCGCCGUGUUCUGCCACGAGCUUCCUCAUGAACUAGGUGAUUUGGCGGUGUUGUUGUCUGCGGGCUGGCCUGUGCGCAGGCUGCUGGUGUUCAGCGGGCUCUCUGCUCUGCUGGGUUUUGUGGGUGUUUUGGCCGGAUCUGCGCUGGGGAACCACUGGGCUUCACACUCACCCUGGAUCCUCACACUCACCGCCGGUGUCUUCCUCUAUGUAGCUCUUGCUGACAUGAUGCCGGAGAUGCUGCACGGAGCCUGUGGAUCAGUGAGUCCGCUGAAGCGCUUCCUCCUGCAGGCUCUCGGCCUGCUGACAGGGGGCGCCAUCAUGCUGUGCAUCGCGCUCUUCGAGGAUCACAUCGCUGUCAGUCUGGGAGAAAACAGUCUGGGAGAAAACUAACAACAUGAUGAAGAUCAUCUAAAUCAAAGACACAAGCAUUUUCGAGUACCUCAUCCAUUAUAUCAACUACUGUGUAGAUGUGGAUAUUCUGAAGAAAGUUCCCCGGAUGAUGGAUUUGCUAUUGUAACUGCAACAAAGAUUUAUAGGUAGUCAUUAUUUUUGAACAUCCACUUCCUAACGUGUUUAUAAAGAAAAAAAACUAGCCUAUAAGGUGAAUGCUGUGUUUUCAGUUUGUCUUUCAUUUAUCAUAUAAAUGUUUCUCAACAUAAACAUUAGUUUAUUUAUGAUGUUGAAGACGGUUGUUAAAUGAUAACGUCGUCACUGUUUACAUUUGUACUAUUAAUAUAUAAUGCCCUUCCCUUGUUUGUUUGUAGACUAGGCCUAUAACUUCAUAGCCUUUUUAGAAUUUUAUAUUGUUAAAUAAAAUCACAAUUACCUCCAGGUAUUAAAAUGUAAAAACACAGAGAAACUGUUUUAAAGAACUUUGCACAGUAAAUAAAAACCUCUAUAUUUUCCUUGCAUUGUUUGCACUCUGUUUGAUUUUAUAAGCAUAGACAGCAAAUAACACGUCAAAAUGACAAAUGAUUUAUUUUAAUAUAUCAAAAGUUAAACAAUGUUGUAUCUGAAGCUUCUAGCAGACAAAUGGGUAAAGACUUGUGAAUCUACUUGUGAUUUUUUUAUUUAUUUUUAAUUGUUUUAUAAAAUUUUUAUUAAGUUUUUUAGGAGGACAGUAUCUCCAGCAGAAAAGAUAUGGAAAUUGUGUUAUUGCCAUUUUAAAUUGUAAAGAAAUCUGUGUUUUUUAAACCAACAAAAACAGCAGAAGUCAAUGAUUAGAGUUAUUGAGCCUGACUUGUUUCCAAAAUACUUUGUGUUUCUCAAAAUAAAAUAAAUGUUCGAAGGGGAAAAAA